UGAUAUUAGAUGGCAAUAAAUGAUUAUAUUAUUAUUCAGUUUUAUUAUGUAGAAGUUCAGGUUUAGAAAAUUGAAUCUGGCCCUGCGAGACUACACAGCAAAGAGUUUGUGAUUGAUUUAUGAAUGAUGUCAGUCCUGAUCCGGCCUAAUGCAUCCUGAAUCAUGGAUGUUGGGCAGCUAAUAUGGCAAUGAGCCUAGCUGGAUCUAUCAGCCUUGAUACAAUCAUGCUGGAAUUCAUACUGGUUCAGCCAGAGCAACAUGUAUGAUUCAGCAAUGAUACCUGUCAGGCUGUAUCAAUACUGUAAUCAGGCUCGAUUCAUUGAUUCUGGGCAGUGUCUUGUAUCAUACAUGCUAACUCUUGCCUGUGUAGUUCAGGUUCACUAUAUAAAUGUGUGUACAGGCUCACUCACUGUGAGUUAGGAGAACCAAGAGGAGAACUUAGGACUAACAGCUACUCUGGUGAGACUGUGAGAGAAGACGAUAAAAUACAAGACCUUAAUUUUCUGAUCAGCCCUAAACUGUAUGAGGCCAAUUGGAUGGAGUUACAGAACCUUCUAGAGUCCAAUGUCAGAGGUUUUAGCUGCUUCUGAUAGUGAUGCUGAUGAAGAGGUCUUACCCACGUCCGGAGGGGGACAGGGCAAAGGGCAUGGCUUUGAGAGGAAGGCGGGGUCAAUGGCGACAAUGUCAGGCGGCAACGACAUGAUGUACAUGGAAUAUUCAGCAAGAGCUAGACCACAGCAUCCUUUAUUUAGACUGAGACACUGAACUAAUGUCAUUGGCUAAUGUACUGUAUUGUAUUAUAUCAUGUCAUGUGACUAUCAUGUGACGUUAAUUACAUGUACAUGUACAUGUAGGUGUAUAGAAUUAGAGUAUCCACUUUUGGCGAAAUAUGAUUUUCAUAAUGACACAGUCAAUCCUGACAUCAAGUAAACACAUUAUUGAUCUUAAACCCACUACUAUUCUAAGACCAUAUCAAGGGAAAAGUUUAAGGAAGAUGUUUGGUAAUGGAAGAGCAAGAUCAGGAGUAAUAGUACUACCUUGUGAUGCUGGUAAGACACUGGUAGGAGUCAUGGCUGCUAGUACAGUAAGGAAAUGCUGCAUGGUAUUAUGUACAUCAGCUGUGGCAGUGGAGCAGUGGUGGUCCUAGUUCAAGUUAUGGUCCAAUAUUGAUAUGAGUGUGGUCUGUAGGUUCACAUCUGAUGCUAAAGAUAAACCAUCACAUAAGACAUGUGGCAUUAUGUAACCUAAUGUAUGUCAUGACAUAUUAUCAGUUUUUCAUUGUCAUUUCAUUAACAUAAUGCA